AUGAAGCUCUCUGCAGUCCUUGUCUUCGCUCCUUGCGUCAUGGCGCUCGCCAUCCCCAACCCAGCCUCUCAACCCGCUGCCGACGAGAAGCGCGCCAUCCCCGUGCUUGCAGAUGCGCUGAACGGCCCCGGAAUCACUCUCCCAGGCCCCAUUAUCCAAGGACUGGGUCCUGGCUGGCACAACGUUGUCCCUGCCCCCAACUACAAGUAA